AUGUCAAGUACUGAUUUUGAAUUUUUAAUUAAUUUAAUUGGCCCAAAAGUCAUAAAAGAAAACACAAAUUUUCGGGAUAGUAUUUCUGUAUCGGUGCGUUUAGCAAUAACUUUACGAUUCUUAUCUACUGGUGAUUCAUAUCAUUCUUUAAUGUAUACGUUCAAAGUAUCAAAACAAUUAAUAUCACAGAUUGUACCUGAAGUAUGCGAAGCAUUAAUAACUGGCCUCCACACUUAUAUAAUGAUGCCAUCAGAUAUAAAUAGUUGGCUCAAAAUUGCUUUCGAUUUCGAAGAAAAAUGGAACUUUCCUCAUUGUAUAGGCGCCCUUGAUGGAAAACAUAUUUUAUUACAAGCUCCAUUUAACACCGGAACCGAGUUUUUUAACUAUAAAGGCCACUUUAGUAUUGUUUUAAUGGCACUUGUUGACGCGAACUACUCGUUCACAUACGUAAAUGUUGGCUGUCAGGGACGUAUUUCCGAUGGCGGUGUAUUGAAAAAUACUGACUUAUGGAAUGGUUUGAUAAAUAAAUCACUAAAUCUACCUCAACCUAUAAGUUUACCUGGUAGAGCUAUUUCUAUACCAUACGUUAUAGUGGCUGAUGGUGCAUUUGCACUAGGUGAGAAUAUAUUAAAACCAUAUCCAGGACACCAAAUGAAAGGAAGUAAAGAGAGAAUUUUUAAUUAUCGAUUAAGCAGAGCACGCAGGGUAUCAGAAAAUGCUUUUGGCAUUAUGAGUUCUAUAUUUAGAGUACUUAGAAAACCUAUGUUACUAAGUCCAGAUAGAGCAACAUCAGUUACUCUUGCAUGUGUUUACUUACACAAUUUUCUUCGCGCUAGUAAAACAUCUAAAAACUCUUAUACACCACAAGGAAGUCUUGACGUUGAUAAUGAAUCAGGAGAAAUUAUACCUGGAUCAUGGAGAACACAUUCAAAAAGUACAUCAUAUUUACCUCUCUCACGUAUUGGACGCAAGUCGGGAAGAGAUCCAAAAGCUAUAAGAGACGAAUUUGCGACAUAUUUUACAAGUGAACAGGGAAGUAUUCCUUGGCAAGAUGAAUACGCAUAA